GCGGACGACACGCUGAUGUUGGUUAUCGUGCAAGCAAGACACAUUUUACACCUCUAGCUAGGUAGCUAGAUUGUUUAACAUCUUGGUUUUACUUGCUACGUUAUAUAUUAGACGAUUUGCGGACGAGUACAAUACAGUACAGUAGAUUAUAGAUAGCUACACAACCACUAGUUUGCCCUGCAAUCAACAUUAAUUCACUCAUUGGUAAGUCGACACAUAGGCUAGCUUCUUGCUAACCCCUUUUAAGGAAUUAACUAGCUAAAGUUAUGCUAGCCAGACACAUAUUUAUACAAAUAUAUUCAUUAUUCAAGGUAAGUAUGUAGCUAACUAACUUAGAAUGGACAACAAGUUAUUUUGGUUUGUAAAAGUUGGCUAGCUAGCAAGCUAACGUUAGCUAGCUAGCUAACCUUUCAUUUAACUGUGUCUAUCAUGUUACAGCAAAUCCAAUAUGCCACAUAAGCGUCGUUCCCAGUCUUCUUGGACAGAGUUGAAAAAAACAGGCAACGAAUGCUUUAAAGCUGGACAGUAUGGGGAGGCUGUCUGUCUUUACAGCCAGGCGAUCAAAGAAGUGGAGAAAUCAGGUAGGCAGCUAACUAGUCCUCUAACCAGUCACAAGAAUCGGCUCAAUGUUCUAGAUUAUAAUCUAGUGUUUUCUCAGAUCUAGCUACGUGUGUUUCUAUAUUGUGCAUAAUUUAAGACACGUUUUCUGAAACCAGCACAAGCCUGCCAUGUUCUGAUACAUUGUUACCACUGUAAAUUAAUUUACAGGAAAGAAGAAUCCAGAGGAUCUUAGUAUCCUGUAUUCUAACCGUGCAGCCAGUUAUCUGAAGGAUGGAAAUUGUGGGGAGUGUGUGAAGGACUGCACAGUGUAAGUAGCCUACAUUGUGGACAUGAUGUUUAGUGGUAGGCCACGCAGACCUGUAUCUUCUGCUUGACAGGUAGUUUUAGCCCAAUAUUGGACUGAAGGUGCCCAAUGUUACUCCUUAGUCCAAGGACCUUACAUGUUCUGUUUAAAGGGCGAAUUGGCUCUGGAAGCCAAAACAGCCAAAUACUCCAUCAAAACGUGAAUCAAUUCUCAAUUGCGGUACAGUUCUACAAACAUAAAUCCCUCACAUCAAAAUAAUUUCACAAAUGCAAAAUACAGUGUACACUGUUUUAACCGGUUUUAACACAGUUGCAGCUGACAGUAUUUUUCAGUGACAACACGUUUGUGGUGUUUGUCUUCAGUUUACACAGAGUUGUUCGGAGACGCAGAUAGCUAAUUAGCACAGGUAGUCCACUCUGUGUUUCAUCUGUUUUCCUUAAACAAACGCUGUAACUUGGAAAUAUGGCUGUGUGGAAGCCUAACCCUCUAACCAAUUCUACUAUUGUGUGUUUUUUGGCGUUAUUUGUAAUUUAUUCUGUACAUAAUGUUUCUGCCACCGUCUGUUGUGACCAAAAAGAGCUUCUGGAUAUCAGGACAGCGAUUACUCACCUCGUAUUGGACGAAGAUUUUUUGUUCAACGAGUCGGACGCGAAGGAUAAUCUACAGACACCCGACAAGGCCCAAAUCCCUGUCAUUCGCAUGAGAAAGAGACAGAGAUAUCGUGGACGUAGGUCGGGGUGCCUUGUAAGGAUCCGACGGCGAGCGAGUAAUCUGCCUCUUCCAUCAGUCCUAUUAGCCAAUGUUCAAUCAUUUGAAAAUAAGGUAGACAACCUAAGAUUACAGUUAUCCUACCAACGGGACAUUAAAAACUGUAAUAUCUUAUGUUUCACCGAGUCGUGGCUGAACGACAACAUUGAUAACAUACAGCUGCGGGAUAUACGGUAAGACAAGGGGUGGCGGUCUGUGUAUAUUUGUAAACAACAGCUGGUGCAAAAAAUCUAAUACUAACGAAGUCUCAAGGUUUUGCUUGCCUGAGGUAGAGUAUCUCAUGAUAAGCUGUAGACCACACUAUUUACCAAGAGAGUUUUCUUCUAUAUUAUUCGUAGCUGUCUAUAUACCACCACAAACCAAUGCUGGCACUAAGACUGCACUCAAUGAGCUGUAUAAGGCCAUAAGUAAACAGGAAAACGCUCAUCCAGAGGCAGUGGUCCUAGUGGCCGGGGACUUUAAUGCAGGGAAACUUAAAUCCGUUCUACCUAAUUUCUACCAGCAUGUUAAAUGUGCAACCAGAGGGAAAAAAAAACUCUAGACCACCUUUACUCCACACACAGAGACGCAUACAAAGCUCUCCCUCGCCCUCCAUUUGGCAAAUCCGACCAUACCUCUAUCCUCCUGAUUGCUGCUUAUAAGCAAAAACUAAAGUAGGAAGCACCAGUGACUCAGUUAAUAAAAAAAGUGGUCAGAUGACGCAGAUGCUAAGCUACAGGACUGUUUUGCUAGCACAGACUGGAAUAUGUUCUGGGAUUCUUCAGAUAGCAUUGAGGAGUACGCCACAUCAGUCACUGGCUUCAUCAAUAAGUGCAUCGAUGACGUCGUCCCCACAGUGACCGUACGUACAUACCCCAACCAGAAGCCAUGGAUUACAGGCAACAUCCGCACUGAGCUAAAGGCUAGAGCUGCCGCUGUCAAGGAGCACCAGCUGUUCAGGAUGACUAUGUGGUCAACAUUCACAAGGCCGCAGGGCCAGACGGAUUACCAGGACGUGUACUCUGAGCAUGUGCUGACCAACUGGCAAGUGUCUUCACUGACAUUUACAACAUGUCCCUGACUGAGUCUGUAAUACCAACAUGUUUCAAGCAGACCACCAUAGUCCCUGUGCCCAAGGGCACUAAGAUAACCUGCCUAAAUGACUACCGACCCGUAGCACUCACGUCUGUAGCCAUGAAGUGCUUUGAAAGGCUUGUCAUGGCUCACAUCAACACCAUUAUCCCAGAAACCCUACACCCACUCCAAUUUGCAUACUGCCCCAACAGAUCCACAGAUGAUGCAAUCUCUAUUGCACUCCACACUGCCUUUUCCCACCUGGACAAGAGGAACACCUACGUGAGAAUGCUAUUCAUUGACUACAGCUCAGCGUUCAACACCAUAGUGCCCUCAAAGCUCAUCACUAAGCUAAGGAUCCUGGGACUAAACACCUCCCUCUGCAACUGGAUCCUGGACUUCCUGACGGGCCGCCCCCAGGUGGUAAGAGUAGGUAACAACACAUCCGCCACGCUGAUCCUCAACACGGGGGCCCCUCAGGGGUGCGUGCUCAGUCCCCUCCUGUACUCCCUGUUCACCCAUGACUGCAUGGCCAGGCACGACUCCAACACCAUCAUUAAGUUUGCCGACAACACAAUAGUGGUAGGCCUGAUCACCGACAACGAUGAGACAGCCUAUAGGGAGGAGGUCAGAGACCUGGCCGUGUGGUGCCAGGAUAACAACCUCUCCCUCAGCGUGAUCAAGACAAAGGAGAGGACUGAGCACGCCCCCAUUCUCAUCGACGGGGAUGUAGUGGAACAGGUUGAGAGCUUGAAGUUCCUUGGUGUCCACAUCACCAACGAACUAUCAUGGUCCAAACACUCCAAGUCGUGAAGAGGGCACGACAAAGCCUAUUCCCCCUCAGGAGACUGAAAACAUUUGUCAUGGGUCCUCAGAUCCUCAAAAAGUUAUACAGCUGCACCAUCGAGAGCAUCCUGACUGGUUGCAUCACCACCUGGUAUGGCAACUGCUCUGCCUCCGACCGCAAGGCACUACAGAGGGUAGUGCGUACGGCCUAGUACAUCACUGGGGCCAAGCUUCCUGACAUCCAGGACCUUUAUACCAGGCGGUGUCAGAGGAAGGCCCUCAAAAUUGUCAAAGACUCCAGCCACCCUAGUCCAUAGACUGUUCUCUCUGCUACCGCAUGGCAAGCGGUACCGGAGCGCCAAGUCCAAAUGGCUUCUCAACAGCUUCUACCCCCAAGCCAUAAGACUCCUGAACAGCUAAUCAUGGCUACCCGGACAAUUUGCACUGCACCCCCACCCCCACCCUCUCCCCCUUUUUUACUCUGCUGCUACUCUUUAUAUUAUUUAUGCAUAGUCACUUUAACUCUACCCACAUGUACAUAUUACCUCAAUUAGCUCGACUAGCCGGUGCCCCCGCACAUUGACUCUGCACUGGUACCCCCCUGUAUAUAGCCUCCCUACUGUUAUUUUAUUUUACUGCUGCUCUUUAGUGAUUCGCUUUUAUUUAUUUUUUGCUUAACACUUUUUGUAUUUGUUUUACUUUGCAUUGUUGGUUAAGGACUUGUAAGUAAGCAUUUCACUGUAAUGUCUACACCUGUUGUAUUCGGCGCAUGUGGCAAAUACAAUUUGAUUGGAUUUGAUCAUUUGAUUUAUCAAUUUAACCUUUUUUAAAUUUUUAUUAUUAUUAUUUCUUGCCGAUAUGAAAGAUAAGGUCCUUAUUCUUCCAAAACCGUACGGCAAGCAAUGCGUGUUAAUAUUCAGACCGAGCGUCGUGGCUCUUAACAAAACUCCCCCCUACAGAAGACUCCUUCGUCCAAUGAUUUUUAUGUGUAAUGUAAUGGAACUGAGAGUCAUGAUCAGGGCUACAGGUGGUUCAUACUGGUGAAGUAACACUAUUACCUAAAAUGUAUCAACAUAUUUUCCCAAUACUCUAGUAGCUCAUUACUUUGUGUGUUGUUGAAUAGGUUCUGUCUUUUUUGUACUUGCUACAGCAGCAACACUCAUACCUAAAACAUUUUUUAUUUUAUAGAUCUCUUGACCUGGUUCCGUUUGCCAUCAAGCCUCUCCUUCGCCGGGGUGCAGCAUAUGAAGCACUUGAGAGAUACAGGUUAGCCUACGUGGACUACAAGACGGCCUUACAGAUAGACUGUAACAUACCUGCAGCCCAAGAUGGUACCAACAGGUAAAACAUAUCCAUUUGAACUUAUUCUUGUUCACUAAAAGCCUUUCAAGUCCUUUAACUUCUGGAAACUUCUCUAUGUCACGCAUAGAGGACAUAAUCAAGAUAGUGGAAUGUACAACUGGAUAACCCCCUUUCCUUCCAGAAUGACAAAGUGUCUGACAGAGGUGGAUGGACAAUCAUGGCGAGAGAAGCUCCCACCCAUUCCCACUGUUCCAAUGGCCGUCAAAGAAAAAUUGUCUCAGGCAACACGCCAACAAACGACGCACAAUGGCACCAGAGAAAAAGAUACAUCUGGUUUGUCUUUCAUAUGAUUCAGUCUUGUUUUGCUGUCCAAAUAUGAAUGGAAACAGAAAACUGUUAAUAAUCUUCUUUGCACAACCUGUAACAGAAAUAUACACAAAAGUGUACAAAGUAGUGUCAUAAAUAAGAUGUCUAUUUUUUUUCUUUCAGUCCCAGGAGAGGAUGUCAUUAAAAAAGCCCUAUGCCUGAAAGAGGAAGGCAAUGCACUGGUGAAAAAAACUGAGUACAAGAAAGCCAUAGAGAAAUACACUCAGAGCCUCAAACACAAUUCCUCAGAAAUCACAACGUACACAAAUAGGUGAGGCUUAUAAUGUCUAUCUGGUGUGUAGACAAAUGCCAAAGAAACCUUUGGAGUGGUAUUCCCAUCUCUGCAUUGUCAUAUAAUUCUGUAAAAUGUUAUUGCCCAGCUCCUGUCAGACUUGGGAUGUGCAUAAUUUCUAUAUGGGGACUAAUUUGUGCCUUUGUACUAAACAGGGCACUCUGCUACCUCUCUGUGAAGAUGUACAAGGAGGCAGUGCGAGAUUGUGAAGCAGCCCUGCAGCUCGACUCUGCUAAUAUCAAGGCACUGUACAGACGAGCUCAAGCACACAAGGAGCUGAAAGUAAGAGCCUUUCCGAUGAACAAGAAAUGUAGUGUAUAGAUCGUAUGUACCUGUUUUAGCAUUUUGUUUGAUUUGUGUUAAUUUUGCCCUUCAGGAUUACAAAGCUUGCGUUGAAGAUCUAAACAGCUUGCUGAAGAUUGAGCCAAAGAACAUAGCCGCACAGAAUUUACUGCUGAACGUGCAAAAGAAAAAGUGAGCUUGUGAUUCGGAUGCCUGUGGAUGUGAAGGACCCUAUGCUGACCUGGUGUACAUGCCUGAAGUGCCUGUAUUCACCCACAGAAGCAGUUUUUCCUAUCUAUUUCCUGGCCUCUUUAACUUAGA